AUGGAUUCUAGUGGUAAGCAUGCCCUCUGCAAAGACAAAGACUGUUCCCUUCAUUUACAUUCCAUUACUUCUCAAAAAUUCGGUCCUGUUUAUUCCUCAGUAAAUGCUGUCGGAAUUAUAGGUAAUUACCUAAAAUUGCCUGUCAAUGGCGUAAGGAUGGAGAGCACUAAUCUCCAGUUGGUUUGCCUGACUGCAGAGUUGGCAAAUGAGCCUCUUGUGGUUCAAUUACCAACUCUCCAGCCAGGCAAACCAACCUAAGUUGGCCAGACCAACUCGAGGUUAGAGCCUCCAUCGUUACGCCCUUGACGGGCAUUUUAGGUAAUAGCCUAUAUCAUAGGUGUGGGAAAUGUUGGAAAAUAUUUAUCCAAUAAGCCUGACGAACUCAAUACCUAUUUAUCAAGAGAUGGCGGACUAACCUGGACUGAAAUUAAAAAAGGGUCAUAUAUUUAUGAAACCGGUGGCCAGGAUUCUAUUAUAGUAAUGCCUGAUAGCCAACAAGCCACAGAUAAGUUCUAUUUAUCUUGGGAUGAGGGCCUUACUUGAGACUCAGUCAAAUUUACUGACAUUCCUAUAGAAAUUGACGAUAUUAUCAUUGAGUCCAAAGCGACAUCUCAGAAUUUCAUUAUAUUUGGCAAAAUAUGAGAAAAAGGAGCCAGUAUAGCCAUUGAUUUUUCUUCACUUCAUCAGCGACAAUGCAAAGGUGCUGAUAAGCCAGGAGAAAGCAAUAGUGACUGUCUUCAUAUCAUUUAAAGAGGAUUUUUUUGUUAAUGUGACAUUUUCGGGAAAUUUGGGCUUUUUUUGAUAGUGAGACAUUUUUUCUGAAAAUGCCUUCAAAUUUCUAAUAAAUAUCUCAUUGGAAAAAAUCUAACCAAAUAUCCCAGGGGAAAAAAGUCCAGAGGCGCCAUAGUGACUAUGAGCUGUGGAGGGAGGUCUUGGGAUAA